AUGGGUCAUGCCAGCAUCGCGACAUUUUUGAAGUAUUACCUUUCGCGACGUAUUAUAGUUAAUACGCAGGCUAAAAAGCUAUGCGACUUAGUUCUGUCGAGACUAGGAACCACUAUAGAAGAGGAGGUUACUAGACGUAAUUGUGCUAUCUAUGCGGUCACUCUAUAUUGUGGCAUUGAAGAGGGGGGAAUGAACCCUAUCCGAAAAGGAGGCCGAAGCAGGAACGCUGCCCUACCCGCCAAGAGCCAACCAGGACACGAGCAAGAACUAUUAGAGUUAGCUAAAGUCUCUAUAUAUAAGGAAAAAAGGCCAAGGGUAUGUUUUCUUUACCUAGGUAACGAAGGGCUGCCGCUAGCACAGCGUAUAUAUGCUUUUAGCACUCUAGGAGAUCUUAGCAAGCAUUUUAGUCGUAAACACUUAAAAAACAUUUAG